UAUAUACCCCAUGUCUUACAGUUGAAUAUAUAUAUGCGAAAAAUAAAACCCAACUUUCCUAUUACCUCUUCCUGUAAGACAUUAUAUACAGUGUUUGAGUAAAGUUUCUAAAAAUACUUACUUUUCUUUUUUGAGGGGGAUAUAAGUGCCUGACUUAACUACCAGUGCCUCUCAUUCAUAUAGUUAUACAUCAAAGUGUUUAGGUUGUGCUCCUGAAAACUAACAAAAAAAAUAAAUGUAAAUUUUUUUGUGUGCAUUUUGUUUCAUUAAUUUUUUUUUUAAUUUAGUUUAAAUUUCAGUUUUGUUUUAAUUAAUUUAGUUUAUUAUUCAAUAUAAAAAAAAAUUUAUAUAAUUUUUUUUUAAUUUUAUUAAUUUCGUGUUUUAUAUAUAUAUAUACUGUAUAUUGAAAUUAUACCAUAAGUUAUAGCAUACACACACACACAAUGGGAUUAAAACUAUCGCUAUUUAAACGGGGCGUCGAUGAGGUCAGGGAUGCACUACCGGAGCCGACAACAGCAGAUAAGACCGAAAAACAACAGGAAUUGACGACACCAACGGCUACAACAACUACUACUACCACCACUACAGCACCGGAAAAUACUACCGAAGCGCCUGAAUCGCAGACAACCACAACCACCACCACUACCACCGGCAUCAAUGUUGGCCAUCAAUGUUCGUGCGUUGACUGUAAAUGCGAUCCGUGUAACUGUUGCUCAUCGACGACUACGACGACGACAACGACAACAAAUACGGCAGCUGAGGACAUGUCUGUAGUCCCACAGCAACAACAACAACAGGAACCGGUAGUUGUCAGCCAAGAAUCGGCAGCACAGGAGACAGGACAGGAACAGGUUGGUAGCGAUGCGCCACAGGAGCAGCCGACUGUUACCACAGUUGUUACCGCCGAUGUCAACGAACAACAUCAGCCAAGCCAUGAACAGCCAUCAGAAGAGCCGGAAAAGACACAGGACUUGCCGCCACCGCAGCCGUCGUCUACUGACGAAAAGAAAUGCCGAUGCGAUCCCUGUCAUUGUGAUCCCUGUGCCUGCGGUACACACGAUGUCUCUGCUGCUGAUGAAACCGCCCAACAAGUGUCCGAUACGACACCGGCUAUCGAAAGUCACGCUACACCGGAAGAAGUAGUCAAUCAAGAAGAGUCUCAGCCAUCAUCUCAGGAUGAAAACCAGGAAUCGGUAGCCAAAGAAGGUGAAGAACCACAAUCGCCAGAGUCGGCGACUGCUGGCGAUGAUAGCCAACACCAACAACAGGAACCGGAAGGCCAACAACAACAACAACAACCACAAGAGAUUACCACCGAUAACGAUAGCCAACAACAACAACAAGAUUUUAAUGAGGAUCUCCAGCCCAGUCAUCAAUAAUUAAAAAAAAUAUUUAACGAUUUUAUUUAAAAAAAAAGUAUAGAAAAUCACCUGUUUUUUCAUACAUUCAAACAAACAAACAAAAAAUUUAUCCAAACAUUUAGUUUUUAAAAUCUAUAUAUAAUA